AUGUUAUUUGGCUGGUUAAAAUCAAUUUUCAGGGAACCCAUAUCAAUUAUAUAUCAUCAUAUUAUAUGGUUAAUUUUAAGUAUUCAAAGACCACUUGCGAUCACAGUUGAAGGACCUUUAGGAGAAAAUACUUAUAGGAUAUUACCACCAACACCACAUCAUGAUGCGAAAACUUAUAUUGGAAUGAUAGUUGCAUUCUUUAUGGAUAAUGGUAUGGAAUAUAUAGGUAGUUUGAUAGGUCAAUAUAUGCAUCUUGGACCUCCAGUGAUGUUACAAUCAAGUGAAGGAUUAAUUCAAAGGGAUAAACAAAUUUAUGAACAAGAGAAAAAUGAGAGUGUCAAUAUUAAUAAUUAUAAUAUCGAUCAAUAUGAUCAAAAUGAAAUAAGUUUUAAUGAUAGUGGAAUUGAUAUCGGAGAAUAUUUACCGGAAUCUGAUGAAAAUAAUCGAGAGAUAAUUUUUGAAGAACAAGAACCACAAACAACUAAUGAGUCAUUAAAAGCGCAGUUUAUUUCAACUGAGAAAGAAAAUGAAAUUGAGGAUAAUGAAUUUUUUCUCGAAACAGGUGGUGAAGGAGAGAAUAUUGGAGUCAAAUAUUUUGAAGACAAUUCAAGUGAUGUAUUAGGAUCACCUAACAGUGAAACAAAUUAUAGCGUAUUUUUCGAUAUUGAGCCUCGCGUAUACAAUGAUCGAGUCAUUCCGAUUGAAGAAGAAGGUGAUUGUGAAAGUGAUAUUAUCGAUAAUGAAAUGGAUAUUCAAGAAUAUGUUGAACCUAAUAUUAGCAACAUUAUCUUUAGAUAA